AAGCCGUCCCCUUUCUCUACCCGAGUCCGACCGGCGACACUACUCUGACCUGAAUUUCGACCGUUCAUGGGAUGGGGGAUAGGGAUUGUCUCGCUGGGGUGGAGAGUCUGGAGACAUGGGGAGGGGUCUUUGGUCAAAACCCUCCCCAUUGCCAUUCGUAGUCGUGAUACCAAUACCAUUACCAACAAAGGCUUUUUUGGACAAUGGAGCCGCCUAAUGCCAGCUGCUUCUGGAGUCUGGACGCUGAAGCUCCUCUGCUUCUUCUGCGGGCUGCAAUGGUCCGCUGCAUCACUGUCCUGCCCGGGGGAGAAUGGCAAGUUAUUUGUGGCGGAAAUAUGCAGAUUAUGUGUACUCAAAGUGGGAAAAGACAAUUCUCUGGGACAUGGUUGAGCCGUACAGGCGGCCCAAAUCUUUCACCCCUCUCGUGACAAUCUAUAUUGUUGCUUUUUAUACCGGGGUAAUUGGAACUGCCGUCACAAAGCAACUUUAUAAGGUAUUAUUUAAUUGUUAUCUUAUGACAUUCAGUUGAAUCAAAUAUGACGAUUGUGACAUUCAGACAUUUAGUACAUGCCUUGUAUAUCUGUUUUGGCUUUUGAUAUAUGGAAAAUUAUAACAGAAGUUAUUGCUGAUCUUUAUAAACCAAUCCUUAAACUCAACUCUGGGUCCUCAAACUCCUUCAUUCCUAAAACAAGGACUUUUACAGGGGCAUUUUAAAUAUGCAAGUUUCUCACAUUUUGUGUCUUUCAGGCUUUCCGUUUUUAAUGAUGUUGGGCCUCCAUUAGGAAAAGCCACGUUGGACCAAACCCAAAUGCUGAGCCGUGGUUUCUGCUACUAGCAAGGACUGAACCUAAGAUCCCUGAGUUUGCAAUGGGUCCGUACUUCACUGUACCUGUCCAGGUUUUAUGUUCUUUUAUUGGGCCUUGUUGGAGGUGAUUAGAGUUAUGCAAAGAAGUAUGUCGUGAUGGGCGAGGCAAGUCAUAAAUAAGUUGAUUUGAUUUUCAGGGUGGGGGCUGCCUAGUGCAGGAGUCUUCCACAACUACAGGACCUCGACCUUGCCUGCACAAAUGAGACUCUGUUUUUUUUUUACUCAGUUGCAUCAGCAGCUCAAAUCGGAGCUACCAAGUCAAUUUGACUUGAGGAUCGGGGAGAAUUGCACUACUCGUGUGAAGCAUGAAUUAUUUAUGAUUUAGGAGGGAUGGGCUGGAAGAAUGCACAAUCUGUGCAUUGUUGGAUGCAAGUGCACCUUGUAAUAUCUCUGAGGCACUUAUGCUGUCAGCUGCUGCAAAUUUGUUUAAAUUGCACACUUCACCUUUAUGGGGACCUUAUCCUACUAAUCUGUAUAAAAUCCCUUAUAAAUCUGCUUUACUUUGAGAUGUUACUGUUACUUCCGUUGCCUUGUCACGUCCUGUUAAUGGUUAUCCACGGGUCAUAUUAUGGGAACACUAGUGAACUGGAUUUUGCCAAGAUUCAUAGGUGUCUAGUGUGUCUCAGCAUGUUGUCUCUUGAUCUAUGGUGUACGGAAAUUAUUCACUUGCAGAAAUAUAUACUCUUAACUUGUAAAUUAUAUCUUUGAAAAAUUGAACAGGAGAAAUACUGGGAAGAACACCCUGUCCAAGCAGUGCCUCUAAUGAAGCCAAAGUUCUAUUCUGGUCCUUGGAAGGUAAUGAGAGGGGAGACUCUUCCUGCCACCCAGUGAAAUACAGUCAUCUAUGUUAUUUUCUUCAUAUAAUCUUACUGAUUGAAGCAAGCAAAUAUCUGCAUGUCAUUAGCUAGCUGAAUCCUGGUACUGCUAUUACUUCAUAUUUCACAACAAGGAUCUGUGUUUCAUAUGCAUUGAGGAAGCGUUCUAGUAUUUGUGCGAUUCUGAUUGCAUUCUUUAUGCUGAUACUGAGAUGGUAAUAAUAAUAAUAAUCUGAGAGGUACUUUUAUUC